AUGCGUCUCCAGUCACUCUCCACCAUUGCGCUUCUCGCAAGUGGUGUUGCUGCCCAUCCCGGGCACGAUGUCCAACAGGAGGCUGAAGAACGUCGUGAUUUCCUCCAGUCCAUAGAGACACGUUCUCUGAGCCACUGUGUGAAGAGAUGGCAAGAAAACGGACUUGAGGCUCGCCACAACGCUCGUCGGGCGGCCAUUGUCCAGGAUGCUCGCCAUAAGCGAGGUCUCCUCGGUUCCAAGAGAAAGAAGCGCGACCUCGACGGAGUCCUCAACACUUCCCACAACCUGACUGAUCUCCGAUUCACUCCCAAUACCGAUCAUAGCACCCUCUUUGCUAGCAUCAACUCAUGUGUCCUGACACCCGAGGUUACCCAGGGCCCAUACUAUGUCUCCGGCGAAGACAUCCGAUAUCGUAUCAUUGAAGAUCAAGAGGGAGCCGAGAUCAUCCUCGACUAUCAGGUGAUCGACGUUGAUACCUGUGAGCCUGUGCCUGAUGUCUACCUUGAGAUGUGGCACUGUAACUCUACCGGUGUCUAUUCCGGUGUGAAUGCCCAGGGUAACGGCGAUUCAACCGACUUGAGCAACAUCGACAAGACUUUCCUGCGCGGCAUUCAAAAGACCGACAAGGAUGGCGUCAGUCAGUUCCUGUCCCUUUUCCCGGGUCAUUACACCAGCCGAGCCACCCACAUCCAUAUCAUGGUUCACACCAACGCCACCGAGCAGAAGAACCAUACCCUAGGCAAUGAGAAUUACUCUAGCCACACUGGUCAGGCUUUCUUUGACCAGGAUCUCAUCUCUGCCGUUGAACAGCUUCCGCCUUAUAAUACCAACACCCAGGAGCUCACGCUCAAUGCCGAUGAUUCCAUUCUCUCUGAAGAGGUAGCCACCGAAGGCGUCGACCCCGUUAUGCAGUACACUCUCCUCGGUGACGACGUCAGUCAGGGUCUGUUCGCCUGGCUUGCUUUCGGUAUCAACACCACACUUUCAAAAGAAGUUUCCCCUGCCACAUUCCGCUACAAGGAAGGUGGUGUUACCAACUCUAACUCUGGCGGCGGCGGCGGCGGUGGUGGUGACGGCCCUGGUGGCAACGGCACCGCUCCCUCUGGAGGCCCUCCCUCAGGCACCGGGGUCCCGUCUGGCACUGUGAUCCCUUCCAGCACUGAGGCUCCUUCUAGCACGGCUACCACUGAUCUGAACCUAUGCUAG